GGCUGGAGCGGGCGGCGGCGGGGCCGGGGCGGCAGGGCGGCGGGGCUGAGGCUCGGCGGGCCGGCGCGGGUGCGGGCGGCGCCGCCAUGAACGCGGCGGUGGUGAAGCGGACGCAGGAGGCUCUGGGGAGGGUGAUUCGGAGGCCGCCGCUGACGGAGAAGCUGCUGAGCAAGCCCCCGUUCCGCUACCUGCACGACAUCAUCACUGAGGUGAUUCGGAUGACUGGCUUCAUGAAGGGCCUGUACACGGAGGCCGAGAUGAAGUCAGAUAAUGUGAAGGAUAAAGAUGCAAAAAUUAGCUUCCUUCAGAAGGCCAUAGACGUGGUUGCGAUGGUCUCGGGAGAGCCACUGUUGGCGAAGCCAGCCCGGAUCGUGGCGGGGCACGAGCCCGAGAGAACAAACGAGCUGCUCCAGAGAAUUGGGAAGUGCUGCCUCAGCAAGCUGUCCAGCGAUGAUGCGGUGAAGAGAGUGCUAGCUGGAGAGAAGGACGUGAAGGGAAGGGCCACACUGACGUCGAAACCUCAAGAACCGGACAACAGGAAUGUGAGGGAAGAGGAGCCCAGGGUUCCUAAAGAUGAAGAGGGCAGAAGAAAUUCUGAAAUAAAUGAGAGAAGUACAAGCAGAGAUCGCAAACAAAAAGAAGAAUUGAGAGAAGAAAGCAAACAGAGGGAAAAAGAAAGGGACAAGGAGAAGACCAAGGAGAAUGACCGUGAUCGACAUAAAGACUCUGAGAGAGACAAGGGCCGCGAAGGGGAGAGAGAGAGGACCAGGACCAAGGCCAGGCCUGACAGGGACAGAGACAGAGGCAACAGGGACCGCGACAAGGAUGUGGACCGUGCGCGCGAGAGGAGAAACGAGGGAGGAAAAGAAAAGGAGCGCUGGAGAGACAGGGAGAAGGAGCGCGAGCGAGACAAGGGCAGGGACAGGGAUAGGGACAGGCGGAGGGGGAAAAACGGGGAGCAUGCCCGGGACCCCGUCAAGGAAAAGAGCCGAGAGCAUGAUAAACCGGAGAAGAAGUCAUCAAGCUCCGGGGAGAUAUCUAAAAAGUUGUCUGAUGGAUCUUUUAAAGACUCCAAAGCUGAAACAGAGCCACAAGACGGGAGGAGCGCGCAGCGUGGGCUGCAGGCCGGAGGGCCCUGUUCAGCUUGUCGUAGGAGCGAUGAUUUGAGUGGCUUACUGCCUGGACACACAGCUGGGGAGUGCAAUCCUCCGGUCUCCUGUGUGGACCCCUGGGCUUCCUUAAAGCUUCAUUUGACGGAGGUUUCCAGUAGAGCACCCAGGUCAAUGGCAACAAAGACUUCAAAACGGCGAUCUAAAACCUCAUUGGAAGGACCGACAGAAGCUAAUACUAACUCAGCUAGUGUUUCAGAUGGUAACUCACCUAGUCUGUGGCGGGACAACCCCGAGCCAGAACCAGCAGUGAAGCAGAAAGGUGAUUCCCCUAGUGUUUCAGAAGGAGAAGUGGGACCCAUCAGCCAGGAGAAGUCAGAGGUGCCCGAGAACCCUGAGGUCCCCCCCGAGCUCCCGUCCGGCGCCAGAAGAAUUCCUCGGCCUGGGAGUGCCAGGCCAGCGCCUCCCCGAGUGAAACGACAAGACAGCGCGGAGGUGUUAACAGCGGACAGGACAGGAAGUGGUCAAACCGUCUCCAAUGUGAUUGUCGAUGUGCAGAACUCUGAGAACGAAGACGACGACCAGUUUGUGGUGGAGGCUGCGCCACCUCUCUCUGAGGUGUCAGAACUCGAAGUGGUACACGCAGUGGAACUGGAGGAAGAUGAGAAGCACGGAGGACUCGUCAAAAAAAUUCUGGAGACAAAGAAAGAUUAUGAGAAGCUGCAGCUGUCACCCAAACCUGGAGAGAAGGAGAAGUCCCUGGCCUUGGAGUCAGCGUGGAAGAAGGAGAAGGACAUCGUUUCCAAGGAGAUAGAGAAGCUCCGCCUGUCCAUCCAGACGCUGUGCAAGAGUGCGCUGCCCCUGGGCAAAAUCAUGGACUACCUCCAGGAGGACGCGGACGCCAUGCAGAACGAGCUGCAGCUGUGGCAUCAGGAGAACCAGCAGCAUGCCGAGGCCCUGCAGAAGGAGCAGAGUAUCACGGACAGCGCCGUGGAACCCUUGAGGGUGGAGCUGGCGGAGCUGGAGCAGCUGAUUAAAGACCAGCAGGACAAGAUCUGUGCUGUGAAGGCCAACAUCCUGAAGAACGAGGAGAAAAUUCAGAAAAUGGUGUACAGUAUCAAUCUGAGUUCAAGAAGGUGAAAGCUAAAAAAUUUCAAAGAUUUGAAGUCAUCCUCAGUUUGAAAAUAAAAAGGCAGAUAGAACAUUAUUUCUCUUUAACUCUCAAUUUGCAAAAAAAACAAUGAACAA